UGGCGGAAUCUUCCGCUUUCGUCCGUCCGUCCAUUCGAGCGCUUCGCUGCUGUGGGUGAUUUCGGUGCGCUCUCCUUCGUGCCAGCGGCCGCUUGCUUCCGGGUAGCGCAGGCUCUACCCUUUAGCGGUAAACGUCCCCUUUCCUACUCCGCCCCGCAGACGUAGUGCUGUGCCCGCAGCCGUCGGACGCCCAGAGCCGGAGUCAUGGAAGCGACCGAUCCGGGCGUGGCGGCCACGGUGAGCUCCGCGCCGCCUUCGGAUAAAGAGGAAGGAGCCGGCUUCAGCUCAGGCCCGGAGCGUAACUCUGAGGGCUCCUCUUCGACUCCUGAGGCACCACCACUUGAACCCUCCAGCCCCAUCGCCGCUGCCCCCGAAGCGAUUCUGCCGCUUCCCACGGCUGCCUCCGCGGCCCUGGAGCUGCCUGUCGGGCCCGCACCCCCGGGGUCCGUGCCGCCUGCUGAAGCCACUCCGCGCUCCUCAGGCCUUGGCGGCUCCCGGCCCGGCCCGGAGACGUUCCGCCAGCGUUUCCGACAGUUCCGCUACCGAGACGCGGCAGGCCCACGAGAGGCGUUCCGGCAGCUACGAGAGCUCUCUCGCCAGUGGCUGCGACCCGACAUCCGCACGAAGGAGCAGAUCGUAGAGAUGCUGGUGCAAGAGCAGCUGCUCGCCAUCUUGCCCGAGGCGGUGCGGGCCCGUGGCGGUGCGAGGCUUCGCCGCCGCACCGAUGUUCGCAUCACCGGCUGAACGGCGGGCGGCCUGGUCAGGGCGCUCUCUGGACUGGAGCCUUGAUCGGGUCCUGGGGCCUAAGCCUCGCUCUCCACUCCACAUUAAUGAAAAACGAAUUUGGCAGCCUCUGUAGUCCGAUGUGGCCCUUUUGUUCUUUACUGGGUUUAUUUCUCGAGCUUAUUUCCAACUUUGUUUCUGGCUAGUGGUAAAUCCAAGUUGAGUGCCCAUGAGAAUAAAGCCUUUGUUUCCUCUUCA